AUGAUAAAAAGAGUAAAGAAUAAACGAACAGGCCCAUAUAAUUAUGAAGAAAAGAAUGACAUAGGAAUGGUGACAGGACUGCUAAUUACUAAAGCCUACAGUAGAGAUCCGAAAUUAACCAGUCUUGAAAGGGACUAUGUUUGAUUUUGCAGAAAAACCAUUUGGUCAAGCACAGCAUUGCCUUUAUUAACAGGCUUGAUUACUUUUGUGUUCAUUGACUGACUCCCCUUUAUUUCUAUGUGUCAUUUUUAUGUCCGCUGACCCAUUAAACUAGGAUCUCUUCUCACAUUUUGAUCACUAGGAGCAAGCGAAGCAAAUAAAAGAAUUUUGGAGUUCCCAUUAAUAGAAACAGUCACAGUAAACGGCCUUCUCAAAUAUAAAGAAUGGAUAGAUGUGACUCCCAAAGAUUAA